AUGCAGAUGGCAUGUGGUACAGGCUUGGCUAGAUUGACUGCCGGCAAGUUGCGACUGAUUAGUUUGCAAUCUUGUCGUGGGCAACAAACAGCAGUGCCGAAGAAGAUUGAAGUUUUCAUUAAUGACAAGAAAAUACUUGUUGAUCCGGGCACCACUAUAUUGCAGGCGGCAUCAAUGCUUGGUUUUGACAUUCCUCGCUUUUGUUAUCAUGAACGUCUUUCCAUAGCUGGAAACUGCCGCAUGUGUCUAGUGGAAGUGGAAAAACAGAUGAAGCCAGCAGCAUCAUGUGCUAUGCCUGUUACAAAUGGCAUGAGAGUACAAACUAAUUCAGAGAUGGCAAAAAAAGCUCGAGAAGGAGUUAUGGAAUUCCUACUUUUAAAUCACCCACUUGACUGUCCGAUUUGUGAUCAGGGUGGUGAAUGUGAUUUACAAGAUCAAGCAAUGGGAUUUGGCUCGGAUAGAAGUCGUUUGGAAAUUGUCUAUGAUGGCAAAAGAGCUGUGGAAAACAAAUAUAUCGGACCAUUGAUAAAAACGGUAAUGACAAGAUGCAUUCAAUGUACGCGGUGUGUACGGUUUGCCAAUGAAAUAGCCGGCAUUGCAGAUCUUGGUACUACUGGGCGUGGGAAUAAUAUGGAGAUUGGAACUUAUGUUGAGAAGUUGUUCGCGACUGAGCUAUCGGGUAAUGUCAUUGAUAUUUGUCCAGUUGGUGCUCUUCUUAACAAACCAUACAGCUUUACAGCAAGACCAUGGGAGUUGCGUAAAGUAGAAAGCAUCGACAUUAUGGAUGCUGUCGGUUCAAAUAUCAUGAUUUCACAUCGAACUGGAGAACUGUUCCGAAUUACUCCAAAACUAUGUGAGGAUAUUAACGAAGAAUGGAUAAGUGAUAAAACACGUUUCGUCGUUGAUGGUUUGAAAAGGCAGCGACUUGGGCAGCCAUUGUUGCGAACUCAAAGCGGUUCUCUGGAGCCAUGCAGCUGGGAAGAAGCGCUCUUUGCUGUUGCAUCAAAAUUGCGCACUGCUUCACCAAAUCAUAUUGCUGCAUUAGCAGGAGAUCUUUGUGAUACAGAAUCACUGGUAGCUUUAAAAGAUUUAAUGAAUCGAUUUGACAGCGAAUUGGUUUGUACGGAAGAAUCGUUCCCAGACGGCAGUGGCGGAACGGAUCUUCGAUGCAACUAUCUCAUGAACGACAAAUUUAUUGGAGUAGAAACGGCAGAUGUUUUAUUAUUGGUUGGUACUAAUCCACGCUUUGAAGCCGCAAUUUUCAAUGCUCGUAUACGGAAAAGCUUCCGACACACGGAUAUUGAAAUUGGCGUUAUUGGCGAAGAAGUUGACUUAAAAUAUGAUUAUGAAUACUUGGGUAAUAAUGGAAAAGUUUUGGAUAAUAUAAUUAACGGUAAAAGCGAAUUCGCUAGGCGUUUGCAAGCAGCUAAACGGCCAAUGAUUGUUGUUGGCUCAGGUGCUUUACAAGGAAAACAUGGAGCUGCAUUACUUGGAAAAAUUCAAGUACUCGCUGAAAAAUUACGAUCUAAAACUGGAAAAACUGUAAAAAUAGUGAAUAUUUUGCAACGAUAUGCAUCACAAGUUGGCGCUUUGGAUGUUGGUUACAAAGCUGGAGCCGAGUGGAUCUUAAAUUCAGCUAAAGACAUUAAGUUUUUAUAUAUGCUUGGCGCUGACGGUGGUCGUAUCAAAAAGAAUGAUUUGGCUUCCGAUGCUUUCGUUGUUUACCAAGGUCACCAUGGAGAUGUAGGAGUUGGGUUGGCAAAUUUGAUCUUGCCAGGUGCUGCUUACACAGAAAAGGAUGCCACAUAUGUUAAUACCGAAGGCCGAGCACAGAGGGCUUAUGCUGCAAUAACUACUCCAGCUGAUGCGAGAAUAGAUUGGAAAAUAAUACGAGCUGUUAGCGAAGUAGCUAGGAAACCUUUACCUUAUGACGAUCUUGACCAAAUGAGAAGUCGAAUGGCCGAGAUUGCUCCUCACCUAGUGCGAUGUGGCAGCGUCGAAGAAUGUUCAUUCCAAGAACAAGCGACUAUGUUAGCGGAAUCUGGAAACACUGAUAUUGUAUUGAAACCGGAACUGCUUGAAUUGGGUGAUUUUUGGAUGACAAAUUCAGUAUCUCGUGCUUCGAAAACGAUGGCUGAAUGUGUCCGUGCAUAUCAACGCUACAAACAGGAUCCUUACGUUGAAGAAAAUAAAUCUCUCUCUGUGUAG